ACCAGAUCUCUCAGUCUCUGUUUAUUUUGUAGGCUAUAUGGCAUAAUGUAACUCCUCAGUAGGUAAACAAGCUGAUGAGCCAGGUCACCGCUGUUAUGACCAUGCUGCAUUCCUGGACCGAUGCUGCUAUCGUCUUUCAUCAGCUGUUCGCAUGUUUUCUUCUUUAACAGCAAAGCUUCCUAUCGUCAUGGACAAACAGCCCAGGGUGGUGUUUCGAAAUGUGGGGCAAGUGUACUUCCCCCAAACCAGGGUGGAGUGCCACUACAGUCUGACCUCAGACCAUCAGUGGAGCAAUAGUGACUGGAUAGGAAUUUUUGAGAUGGGAUGGACUUCAGUCAAACAGUAUUACACAUACACAUGGGCUACUGUUCCUGAAGGCUACACAGAGGGAACCAGUGUUGACUUCUGUGCAGUUUUCCAGGCAUCAUACCUGCCCCGCCCCAGUACUGUAGAGUACCAAUUUGUGUAUGUGGACAAGAUGGGAGAGGUGUGUGCCCGUAGUCGUUCCUUCACGUUCUGUGCUCCCAAGCCGCUUGAGGAGCUUGAGACCCUGAAAGAAGAAGAAGAUGCAGAGGAUGGAGAAGAAGAGCUGCUCUUAGUCAUUCCCAGAGCUCAGCUGCUGCAGAGCCGGCUGGAGGAGUGCUUAAAAAAGCAAGGAGGUUUGCAGCAAGCGUUGGAUGUAGCGAAAAAGGAUACGGAGAAUGAGAAAGAAAACACUAGAAAGGCAAGAAGUGAAUGGGAAUAUGAAAGAGAAGCAAUGAAGGAGGAGAUCAUGGAGCUCAGAGACAACCUGAGACACAGCCGAGAGAUGCUGAAGACAAUCGAGGUAAAACACGAGGAUGCGAAAUACAGUCAAGAAAGUCUGGCCUCUGAGCUGAGUAAACUUGCGGCUGAAAAAGCUGAAAGAGAGCAGCGCAUCAAAGACCUGGAGGAGGACGUCGAGAUUCUGGCUGAGCGAGAAAAAGAGCAAAACAGGGAACUGGAAAGGCUGAAAGAAAGAGUGAAGAAAAUGUCCUGUCAAAUGAAGCAUGAUGAGGAGAAGAGGAAGUCUCUGCAGAUGGAAAAUGAGGAUACUCUGGCCGAGGCACGACUGCUCCAGGAACGUCUCGAGGGAAGCGACCAUGUGGCAGAAGGCCUGCGUAGGGAGCUGAGGGACCUGAGCACCCGACAGGGUCACACCCACACUGACCUGCACCAAGCCCGACUCCAAGUGGCCCAGCUCACUCUGCAGCUGUCUGAGGAGAACCUCCUCCUGAGGGAGGAGCGGGCCAACUGGGCUUUGGAGAGAGAGGCAUACAGACAUGCAGCAGAAACUGACAAAAAGAAGCUGCAAGAUGUUGCCUGCGAGGUGCAGAAGAAGGAGGAGUGGCUCCAGGAGGAGAGGAUGGAGAGGGAGAAACUAGAAGUGCAGCUCGGGAGAGAGAAAGACUACAAUAAAGUGCUGCUGGGUGAGGCGAAGCGUGAGCUGCAGGAGCUGAGGGCCAGUUUGAGAAAGGUCCAGAAAGAAAGGGAGGAGGAACAGCUUCAAAACCAGGAUUUGGUGAACUACAUCCAUCAGUUAGAGCAGAGAUUAGGGAUUGUGCCAGAAGCUGAAGCAAGCAGUACAGCUCCCACGUGCGUAUGUAAUGAUGAGAGUGCUUCCUCCAGGUCAGUCUUUGCACCUGUUUCCUCAUCCAAUGACCUGCAGCAGCCCGACAGAGCUGAGAUCCCUCCUGAGACACAGAUCCAGAGCGAGGAAGAAGACACACCAGCCUCUGACACACAGGAUGAGGAAAGGGAGCAGUGUGAACCCUCUGCUGCUGAAAGAAAGAAACUGAUCCUACCAGAGCUCAUCAACCCCGUCCUCAGUGAGCUGGCUGACUCCCCCAUGUGGUAACACAGGGAUGGAUGGCAGGUUUCCCGUGUACCACUGUGGUAUUAUUUUAUAUGGGUCAUAAGAACACUUGAGACCUAUAUAAAGUCCCCGUCAC